UAAAUGUUUUCAAAUCUGUACUUGGAAUAGCAUCAGUUUAUUAGAAAAGGGUGAUAGAAAUAUUAUUUCUAGAAGAUUCUGCUGAGAAACUUUCAGGGAUUGUAGAAACUGUGGAUCUGCGCAUUCUGGAUAGCUGAGCGCUUUAUUUGGGCGUUUUGUGUAAAGGAGUGGCAAGAGAAGUGUUCAGUUUGCUGGUCUAAUGUAUCAAGUAUACAUGUACCAUAAGGGAGGACUGUACUCUGGACUAUUUAAUUUGAAACGUACUGUCAAGGGAAUUUUUUUCUUGGAGCUCUGUCUAAGUCUGUCUUCUUUUUCAAACAGAUCACCAACAAAAGUUGGAUCCUGUGUACUAAAGGAUAUGGACAGCAAGCUACACAAAGCUGGAAAUGAAACCUUUCUGCAAGAAAUGAAACAAGAUGAUUCAAAAGAGAUCAUUGACAGUAUUAUAGAAGAAAGCCAGAAGUCACAACAAUUGGACGAUGAUUCUUUAGCUUCUAGAGAAAAAGAACUGACCGUUCCAAGUUCAGAUGCAAAUGCUUGGAUUUCUGGAGUAGGAAUCAUUAGUAGUAUUCCAGAAGUAUUAGCUGCUCAAACAUCAUUACAAGAAGACUCUAGAGAACCGGUACAUCAGAGUGUGUUUGAGGACACUGAAUUGGAGUCAGGGAAGGGUUUGUUUGCCUCUGAGCAACAGGAAACUCAUAAACUAACAGAAGUAACUAAUGCAACUGACCACAAAACGGAUGAAACAGAAGCACAGGAAGAAACAUCAAAAAAUGAGGACAUAACAGACAAGAAAGAAGCAAAUACUUUAGAACAAGUGGUUUCAGAUUUAUCUACCAAAGACCUUUCUACAGCAGAAGAAUUGCCUCCAGCAAAACCACCGAGGCAGCUUACUGUAGAACCUGAUAUAGUUGCGAGCACAAAGAAGCCUGUUCCAGCACGGCCACCACCUCCAACACAUGUUCCUCCUCCAAGACCACCACCGCCUGCAAGGCCAGCUCCACCCCCCCGGAAGAAGAAGAGUGAACUGGAUUUUGAAGUGCAAAAACCUGUUUUAGAAGUUUCUCGAGAGAACUUCACAGCUGGUGGUCUUUUAACUCCAAGCACAGUGACAGAAGGCAUACCCAAAGAUUCUCAGCCUUCUUUGGAUUUGGCGAGUGCAACUAGUGGAGAUAAAAUAGUCACUGCACAGGAAAAUGGGAAAGCAGCUGAUGGCCAGACAACAAAUGAAGUGCUUGGACCACAAAGACCCAGGUCUAAUUCUGGAAGAGAACUCACAGAUGAGGAAAUUCUAGCAAGCGUAAUGAUAAAGAACCUUGAUACAGGUGAGGAAAUACCCUUGAGUUUGGCAGAAGAAAAGUUGCCAACAGGCAUUAAUCCCCUAACUUUGCAUAUCAUGAGGAGAACUAAAGAAUACGUCAGUAAUGAUGCAGCACAGUCUGAUGAUGAAGACAAAAUGCAGACACAGCAAACUGAUUCUGAUGGAGGAAGGUUAAAACAAAAAACGACCCAGCUGAAAAAGUUCCUUGGCAAAUCUGUAAAGCGAGCAAAGCACCUUGCUGAAGAAUAUGGUGAACGUGCUGUAAACAAAGUUAAGAGUGUUCGAGAUGAAGUCUUUCAUACAGAUCAGGACGACCCCUCUUCCAGUGAUGAUGAAGGGAUGCCAUAUACAAGACCAGUUAAGUUCAAAGCAGCACAUGGCUUCAAGGGACCUUAUGAUUUUGAACAAAUUAAAGUUGUUCAGGAUCUCAGUGGAGAGCAUAUGGGUGCUGUUUGGACAAUGAAAUUCUCUCACUGCGGUCGGUUACUUGCAUCUGCAGGACAAGACAACGUAGUAAGAAUAUGGGUUUUAAAGAAUGCUUUUGACUACUUCAAUAACAUGCGAAUGAAAUACAACACAGAAGGCCGUGUCUCUCCCUCCCCAUCUCAAGAGAGUCUGAAUUCCUCGAAGUCUGACACUGAUGCAGGGAUUUGCAGUGGAGUUGAUGAAGACCCAGAUGAUAAAAAUGCCCCAUUUCGUCAACGACCAUUUUGCAAAUACAAAGGGCAUACAGCAGAUCUUCUUGAUCUUUCCUGGUCUAAAAAUUACUUCUUGCUUUCGUCUUCUAUGGACAAGACUGUCAGAUUAUGGCACAUAUCAAGAAGAGAAUGUCUCUGCUGUUUCCAGCAUAUAGACUUUGUCACCGCUAUAGCAUUCCACCCAAGGGAUGACAGGUACUUCUUAAGUGGUUCAUUGGAUGGAAAACUCCGACUCUGGAACAUUCCUGACAAAAAAGUGGCAUUAUGGAAUGAAGUAGAUGGGCAGACAAAAUUGAUUACAGCUGCCAACUUCUGUCAGAAUGGCAAAUACGCUGUCAUAGGCACAUAUGAUGGAAGAUGCAUCUUCUAUGACACAGAGCACUUGAAGUACCAUACACAAAUACAUGUGCGCUCUACCAGAGGCCGAAAUAGAGUUGGAAGAAAAAUUACUGGCAUUGAACCCUUGCCUGGAGAGAAUAAGAUACUAGUGACAUCGAAUGAUUCCAGAAUCAGGUUGUAUGACCUAAGAGAUUUGUCGUUGUCUAUGAAAUACAAAGGUUAUGUCAACAGCAGCAGCCAAAUCAAAGCCAGCUUUAGCCAUGAUUUUACCUACAUUGUAAGUGGUUCAGAAGAUAAAUACGUUUAUAUUUGGAGUACAUACCAUGACUUGAGCAAGUUUACAUCUGUAAGAAGAGACCGUAAUGAUUUCUGGGAAGGCAUUAAAGCGCACAAUGCAGUGGUCACAUCUGCGAUUUUUGCUCCCAAUCCUGGUUUGAUGGUGUCACUGGAAACUUCUGAAAAGCAAGAAGCUGAAAGUAAGGGAGAAGAUUCUGAAACAUCAGAUACCAUACCCUCUGGAGCUUUGAAGACAGAUCACACAGAAGUGCUUUUAUCGGCUGACUUUACUGGAGCAAUCAAAGUCUUCAUUAACAAAAAGAAAUGCGUAUCUUAGUUGGUUUGCAACUGACGGCAUAAAGCUAUGGCUACUCAAAUAUUGGAUCCUUGGAAAGCUGUGUCUACCUAUUAACACCUGGGCUUGUAGAACGGAGAGGAAUGUGUAAGAAUAAUCCUGCCAAACAUUAGACUCUAAACUUUCUAUGAACAGUUGUUUUGCAACGUAAUUGUGAACCUGCACAGGUUUCUGCACGAAAACGUAUUCACACAUGUGUGUGCCUUUUGGUUACGUGCACUAAUUUGACUAUAUAUCAAAAGGAUUUUAGUGGUGCUUGUGGCCACUAGAUGUCAGGGAUGGGAAUGGGAAGGGAGGGUUGGAGGUAUGGCUGGAAAAAUGCUGAAUGAUGUAGUCUAAUCUUUGCACAAAAUUCCAUUUGAGAAAGAUCUUGAAUUUGUAGUAGCUAUUGUUCAGAAUUUUAAGUUAUGCAAGUUUUUGAUGGGUCAGCAACCAUGUGUAAAUGUUUUUAUAAAUUUCUCAACUUCAGGACGUGACGUUUUUUUUGUUGUCUUUUAAUUGUUGUGGACUUUAGAUUUCUUUCUUAUAUACAAUUUUUUGCACACUGGAGCACAAUACUUGUGUAAAAAUUCUCUCAUUCCUUGUUCACGGGCACCAGGAUAUAUUCACGUUCCAGAUAAAAUUAAGCUGCAUUAGAAAGUUCUUAUAUUUUACAACUAUGUAAAAUAAACUGUUUACAUUUUUUAAGCAUUGUAGCUUAAAGUUUUAAGUUCUUCUCAUUUGUUUAGUGCCACUGAAUUUUGAAAGUCUUUGUAAAUAUUCGUAUAAAACACCUAUGAAGUAACAUUCUGGGCGUCAUAACCCAUGAAAUGUUAUUGAUGGUCAAGUGUUUCAGAGAACGGAUGUAUCAUUAAACUGGGUCACACACUUGGAAA